UCCGGCUCCGAGUUCCCAAGUUCUUGCUUGUUAAUUGUCGCGGGUGGUAAGGAGGAGGAGAGGAGCAGGUUGCACUAAAAGAAAUUGGUGAUUUAUAAAUCAGUAUCACCUGGAAAAAGUGAAUAGCCAUGGCGCAGAGGGCGAGAUUUCUUAGUUACUUGCGUACUUCUCCUUGGUGGUCCAAUGUUGAAAUGGGACCACCCGAUGCAAUUCUUGGCGUGACUGAGUCAUUUAAGAGAGAUACAAAUCCAAAGAAAAUUAAUCUUGGUGUCGGAGCCUAUAGAGACGAUAAUGGUAAACCUUUCGUAUUACCAAGUGUAUUAAAGGCACAAGAAAAUUUGUAUAAAAAAGGUUUAGAUAAAGAAUACUCUUCGAUUUCUGGUAAUCCAGAAUUUUGUAAAGAAACCAUUAAUUUGGCACUUGGACAUGAUAAUGUAGUCAUUAAAAAUCAUUGUUGUUCGACCGUGCAAGGUAUUUCGGGCACUGGAUCUCUUUGGAUUGGUGCGAGUUAUUUAUCUCGUUUCUUUCCUGGUAACAAAGAAAUAUAUCUUCCUACACCAUCUUGGGGAAAUCAUUCACCUCUAUUUAAGAUGUCUGGACUAGGAGUUAAGUCGUAUCGGUAUUACAAUCCAGAAAAUUGUGGACUUGAUUUUCAAGGAGCUUUAGAAGAUAUUAAUAACAUACCAGAACAAUCUAUAAUUUUAUUUCAUGCAUGCGCUCAUAAUCCAACUGGCGUGGAUCCUAAACCAGAACAAUGGUAUGAAUUAUCGGAACUUGUAAAGAAGAAAAAACUAUUUUGUUUCUUUGACAUGGCCUAUCAAGGUUUUGCAUCUGGUGAUGUAAAUAAAGACUCUCAGGCUGUAAGACUAUUCAUUAAAGAAGGUCACUAUAUUGCUUUAGCGCAAUCAUUUGCAAAGAAUAUGGGAUUAUAUGGUGAACGAGUCGGAGCUUUUUCAUUGAUUAAUUCUAGUAAGGAAGAAGCAGCUUGCACUUUGUCCCAAUUAAAAAUUUUAAUUAGGCCAAUGUAUUCCAAUCCACCGAUUAAUGGUGCUCGAAUAGUUACUGAAAUCCUUAGCAAUUCUGAAUUGAAGAAAGAAUGGUUAACCGAUGUCAAGGGAAUGGCUGAUCGAAUUAUCUCAAUACGCGCAAAACUCGAAGAGAAUUUGAAGAAAAAUGGUAGUACUCGUAAUUGGUCUCAUAUCACCGAUCAAAUUGGAAUGUUUUGUUUUACAGGACUUAAGCCUGAUCAAGUUGAAAGGCUUACUAAGGAAUAUAGUGUAUACCUUACUAAAGAUGGAAGAAUUUCCAUGGCAGGAGUAACAUCAAAAAAUGUUGAUUAUCUUGCUUAUGCUAUUCAUGAAGUUACAAAGUAAUUAGUACUUUUGAAGCAAACUCAAACUCAAGUAUUUUUUUAUCCACGAAAAAUCAUUCUCUAUUGUGCCUGUACACAAAAACAAUAUGGACAUUUAUACCAUGUGAUAUUUAUACAUCUAUUUUAUUUUAUUACAAAAAUGACAAGAGGAAAUAAGAAAGAGAAAAUGAAAAAUA